AGCGGAAGGGCAAUAGGGUAGGCGGCUCUUUGUCGAAGCUAGAGGACCGGCAGGCGGCAGCAGCAACUACGGCGGCGGCGGCAGAACCCAGCAGUGAUGUGGAGGUGGAGACCCACAGGAGCCCCGGACUUCACCUGAGCUACCUCAGGGACCUCUGAAGGCAAAGUCAAGCCAGUCGGGAAGGUGCUUGGGGGGAAAUGAAGACCAAAGAAACCAGGAAAGAUUUCCUUAUACUCCAGGGGAAGCAAUAUGAAGUUUUCCUAUAUGAACAGCAGGGGGAGCCUGGUCACUGCUUAGGAAAGGCUUAUGAGGUCAAACACGUGGUGGCAGGGACUCCCUGUCUUCUUGGGGGUGGGGAGAGGGGAGGGCUAGAACCAGGGCAGUGGACUGACAUUCCAGAGCUCUCUUGGGAAAGAGGAGACUUAAAAAGCUUUUAUAGAGCCUAUAAAUAAAGAGGAUCUUUAUUGGGGUGAGGAAUGGUGUGGUUUGAUGUCAGUGGUAUCUUCUAAUGGGAAAUAGGAGGGGGCUGUAGAAUGGGAAAAGAAAGGUCACUUGUUCCUGUGAAAUUAACUCCUUCCUUCCACCUUGACCUUACUACAAAUGGUUUUGUCCUUUGGGGGUGUAUAAGUGGAGAUCCCAGCUGUAGAACUACCCCCUUCUCCCUGAAAUGGAGUGGAAGGAGCUGACCACACUGGUGUUGACAGCAGAGCGGUCACCAAGGGUGGCAAGAAAAGGAAGAAAGCCCUGAGUUGGGGGGGACCAGAAUGCCUGACCGGGACAGCUAUGCCAACGGCACCGGGAACAGCGGUGGAGGCCCUGGAGGAGGUGGCAGCGAGGAGACCAGUGGGGCAGGGGCAGGCAGUGGCGGGGCCAGCUCAGAUGCCAUCUGUAGAGACUUCUUGAGGAAUGUAUGCAAGCGAGGCAAGCGUUGCCGCUAUCGUCAUCCAGACAUGAGUGAGGUAUCCAACUUGGGGGUGAGCAAAAAUGAGUUCAUCUUCUGCCAUGACUUCCAGAACAAGGAGUGUAGCCGCCCAAACUGCCGAUUCAUCCAUGGCUCCAAGGAGGAUGAGGAUGGUUAUAAGAAGACAGGAGAGCUUCCCCCUCGGCUGAGGCAGAAAGUGGCAGCCGGCCUGGGCCUUUCACCAGCUGACUUGCCAAAUGGCAAAGAGGAGGUCCCUAUCUGCCGUGACUUUCUCAAGGGUGACUGCCAGAGAGGAGCCAAGUGCAAGUUUCGCCACCUGCAGCGGGAUUUUGAGUUUGAUGCUCGAGGUGGAGGAGGCAGUGGUGGUGGUGGUGCAACAGGCCCAGUCCCCCCAGGACGACGUCACGACCUCUAUGAUAUCUAUGACCUCCCUGACAGGGGCUUUGAGGACCAUGAACCAGGCCCCAAGCGCCGGCGAGGUGGAUGCUGCCCCCCGGAUGGCCCCCAUUUUGAAUCCUAUGAAUAUAGCUUGGCUCCACCUCGAGGGGUGGAGUGCAGACUGCUGGAGGAGGAGAAUGCCAUGCUCAGGAAGCGGGUGGAGGAGCUUAAGAAGCAGGUCAGCAACCUGCUGGCCACCAAUGAGGUACUGCUGGAACAAAAUGCCCAGUUCCGCAAUCAGGCCAAGGUCAUGACUCUGAGCUCUACUGCACCAGCAACUGAGCAGACUCUGGCCCCCACUGUGGGCACUGUUGCCACUUUUAACCAUGGCAUUGCCCAGACUCACACUACUCUCAGCAGCCAGGCUCUACAGCCUCGCCCUGUAUCCCAGCAAGAACUGGUGGCCCCCACUGGAGCUCCAGCUGCUCCCCCAACUAAUGCUGCACCUCCUGCUGCUCCACCACCCCCACCCCCACACUUGAACCCAGAGAUCACGCCGUUGUCAGCUGCUCUGGCUCAAACAAUUGCCCAGGGAAUGGCACCCCCACCUGUCUCCAUGGCUCCUGUGGCUGUAUCUGUGGCUCCUGUGGCCCCAGUGGCUGUAUCGAUGGCCCAACCCUUGGCAGGAAUCACAAUGAGCCACACCACCACUCCCAUGGUGACUUACCCCAUCGCUUCCCAGAGCAUGCGUAUCACAGCCAUGCCACACUGAUGGGGCUAAUGGACACUCCCCUGGUAUAGCCUCCCAGGGCUGGGGUCGAGGGGCCCUUACCCACUCGCCUAGCCCUCCCAGGCCCUGUCUGAAGGGCUCACUCAAGAACUAGGACAAGAGACUACAAGGAGUUUGCUUCUGAGAAAGGGUUGGGCUGGUCUGUUUUCUCUCACCUCCCUUUUAUGAGGGUCCUCUUGUCCAUCUUCCUUCAAGCCUCACAGAGGGGGCUUUCAUAGGAGUGCAGACUGAAGCCAGCAGAGAGGAAGGACUGACUGAGGGGCCGUAUGUACCCUGAUGGGAAGAUGGGGACAUCCCUUGUCUUGUCCUCUCUUCUGCAUAGCACAGGUUCCAGCACUGGCUUUGGAAGAAAAAAAACAAAAACAAAAAACCCUGCCCAGAGGGAAAGCCAGGAGAGAUUGGGAAGUGGGUGGCCAGGAGAGAAGGCCUAAUAGGAGCCUUCAGACAAUUGGGGGCCUAGUUGAGUUGGAGAAUACAGGAAACUGUUCCUGGGCCCAAGGGAAGGUGGGGACCAUAGUACUCCAGUCCAAAGACUAGGGGAGCAUUCAUUACCUUGGCUUGGCUUGGAAAUCCAUAGGGCAGGGCCCACCACUUUCCAAAGAAAUAAAAAAAGAAUUAUUUUUAACAAAUGGAGGCAGUGAAAACUUGCUUAGAUAAACUGUGUGGAAGAUGAGAGCAGUAAAUAUAUCUCAUGCCAAAAUGGGAUAAAGACCCCACCCUCACACAGCUUGGAUAAGGUUGGGCAGAGGCCAGGUGAAGGGUAGGGACCCAGAGCAAAAUUAAACGGCGCUUUGUGGGGUAAAAGCAUUGGAGCCACCUAGUCUAGUUUAAAAAUAGUCCCAUCUGUUGCUGGUUUCUAUCUGCAUGAUACUAUUCCCAGGAUACCUUAGUAACCAGGGCUCCUGGGGUCAUUUAGGGGGGCAGGUACUAAGGAGGGGUGGAUGUGCUGGGAAAUGGGAAUGGGAUAUGUAUUGACAGAUCCCUUAUUCAAACAGCAGGGCAGGUGGCAGUUGCUCUCUGAGUGGUUGAUGACAGUUAAUGCCCCUCUUACCCCAUCCCUUCCUCAGUUACCAAUGCCUUAAGCCUUCAAGGCUUGGGAGGUGCUGGGAAAAGGAAAGUUCUCCUGGGGACACAAACCUCAGGGUUCAUCUCUUCCCUUUGCCUCCAUAUAGAACCACAGAGGUUUUAAAUCCAAUUAAGAGUCCAUAAGGCCAGGGACCCCAGUAGCCAAACCUCAGUUCCUCCUCAGCUCGUAGUUGAUGUAGGGGAAACAACUCAGGUAUCUAGUCUGAUGAGACAGUGGAUUUGGGAUACAGAACAUGGUUCUGAGUUGUGCUUCCCCCAUCAUAUCUGCUGCUACCUCUUGUUUUGUCUGGUUGAUCACUCAGGUUACACCUGGGGUUGGAGAUGGUAUGCUCAGUCAAGGCUGGUCAUAAAAAAAGAAAAGGCCUAAAGACUAGAAGUGGUCAAAUACUGAAAUAUUGUGUGUGGACUCUAGAAACCACACAUUGGUAAGCUUAAUGUUGAUUUUUCUGGCACAGUUCUGGAUUAUUAAAAGAAAUGGUUUAUGAGUAGAGACAAAUGUGAUGAUAGAUACCAACAUGAGUUCAUCCCAGCCAAAUCCUGACUAUUUUCUUUUUGCCAAGUAUCUCUAAAGAGGUAGAUUUGGGAAACUGUAAUCAUUGUAUCUUCUUAACAUAUGCCAGCCAAAGACUGCCAGGAAUACACCUGUAGUCAAACAAAUUGGGUUUAAUGCUCACUGCAGUUAUGGAGAGUGUGCCAUGGGACCCAUGCCUAGCAAAGGGACAUUAGAAAGGACUUUUAGGACUUGGGACUCUGGUUAAGUGAUUUGGGGGAAGGUUCAAGGAAGUGGGGCUUGGUUCCACUGGGUGCUGUCAGGGAAGCAGGGAUACUUCUGUGAUUGGGUAUCUUAACUAGGAAAAGAGCAGACUAGAGUGAAGCUGAAAUUGGUAAUAAAGCAGCAGUCACCCAUUAGUUGGGAGAAGGGGAUGUUUGCUAUUUCAUGACUUGCACACUGACCUUGUUUUGUGUUUAAACAAAAUUGUGAAGUGUGA